AUGAUGGUCCACUGUGCCGGGUGCGAACGGCCCAUCCUGGACCGCUUCCUCCUCAAUGUGCUGGACAGAGCCUGGCAUGCCAAGUGCGUCCAGUGUUGUGACUGCAACUGCAACCUCACCGAGAAGUGCUUCUCCAGAGAUGGCAAGCUCUAUUGCAAAAUUGACUUUUUCAGGCGGUUUGGCACGAAAUGCGCGGGCUGUCUGCAGGGAAUCUCGCCAAACGACCUGGUGCGCAAAGCCCGCAGCAAGGUGUUUCAUCUGAACUGCUUCACCUGCAUGGUGUGUAACAAGCAGCUGUCCACGGGCGAGGAACUGUACGUGAUAGACGAAAACAAGUUCGUGUGCAAGGAGGACUAUUUGAGCUCCGGUGCCAUCAAGGAAGUUAACUUGAACUCAGUGUCGUCUUGUACAGAUAGGAGUUUAUCGCCAGAUCUGCAGGACCCAAUACAGGAUGACAUAAAAGAGACGGACAAUUCAACGUCCUCAGAUAAGGAAACGAACAAUAAUGAAAAUGAGGAGCAGAACUCGGGGACCAAAAGGCGGGGACCCCGGACCACCAUCAAGGCCAAGCAGCUGGAAACGUUAAAGGCCGCUUUCGUCGCCACACCAAAACCAACCCGGCAUAUCAGAGAACAGCUGGCCCAGGAAACUGGACUAAACAUGCGAGUCAUCCAGGUUUGGUUCCAGAACAGAAGAUCCAAAGAGCGGCGCAUGAAGCAGCUGAGUGCUCUGGGAGCCCGGCGGCACGCCUUCUUCAGGGGGCCCAGGAGGAUGAGGCCCCUGGGAGGCAGGCUGGAGGAUGCAGAUAUUUUGGGACCUGGGGCUUAUGGCUACUAUGGAGAAUACCAAGGUGACUAUUAUGGACCAGGGAGUAACUAUGACUUCUUCCCACAUGGCCCUCCCUCCUCGCAGGCUCAGUCUCCAGCCGAGUCUCCUUACAUCUUGGGCUCUGGCCCUGGAGGCAUGGAGGGAUCUGUGUCAGGCCACCAUCCUUCAGAUGACCAAAGGUUCACGGACAUGAUAUCCCACGCAGAAACCCCCAGUCCUGAGCCAGGCUUACCAAGUUCAUUGCAGCCUGUUCCAGGGGAAGCGUAUGGGGGAGGGCCCAGCCCUCCUUUCUCCCUGGCCAGUAACUCCAGUUACAGUGCUCCUAUGUCCCACCAAGGCCAGGAGAUGGGCGAAACCACUGCCUGGUAA